UCUGCCUUUUGUCUGCUUCCUAAGAUUUCAGACGGGAAGAUACAGCUAUUCAGUAUGUCUGAAAUAGGAAAUGAAAAUGAAGCUUCACAGUUUUCAGGAUUGGGGCCAUCGAAAGAAAACAGUGCAUUGCCAGAAAGCGAGGAUACAUUACUGAGUGUAUCUACAUCUGAUGCCAAUAAUGAAGCAGAGAGCAAACCUUAUAGUGUUAAUAAAUCUGCAGAAGUUGUAAAUUUAGUAGAUGUGCCUGACAAUAAGCACAUAGACAACUCCACCGCACCUUUACUUCCAGAACAAGAGUCUGGGGUAACAAGUUCUCAACCAGCCCAAAACAUAUCUGAAAGACAACAUCUUGAGGGAUCUCCUCUAGACAUCAGUGUGGAGAAUUUCCAGAAUGUUUCCAGCAAAGACUCUGGUAAUGCAGCUACUACAGCUGAUGUAGAAGACUUGAAUGAUUUUCUGGUGGAUAUGGAAGAGGAAGCCAGCACUGAGCUUGACAGCAUGUCUUAUCCACCAGCAUUUGACCCACACAUGACGGGUUUGAGCGAUAAGCCAUAUGGGUGUAAAUUUUGUACUCGUAGGUUCUCCCACAGAUCGAGCCUCUACCGACAUCAGAAAAGCCACUCUGGAGAGAAGCUCUACAAAUGUUCUGAGUGCAACAAAACCUUCACCAACUCAUCAAAUCUGAGCGUGCAUUCCAGAAUCCACACUGGGGAGAAACCAUACGAGUGCAAUGGGUGUGGGAAGAAGUUUACACGGAAAUUUGCACUUGACCAGCAUUUGAAAAUCCACAAACAGGAGAAGUUAUAUAUAUGCUCCCACUGUGGGAAGAGCUAUUCAGACUAUUUCUUUCUCCUCAAACAUCAACAGAUGGAGAGGCCUUCUCCCCAGUAUAUUCCUGACAGUAUUAUGAAAUAAACCAUGUCAUAUUCAUACUGGCUUCUUCUUUUUUAAUGAUAAUUCACUAGCUACAAGGAAUUGAUGUGGCCUUUAUAUACAGUAUGUGAGUGUCUGUGUACUAUGUUGUUAUGUACUGUAUUUGCUAUGUAGCAA